AUGUUCUCGUGCGAGGAUCUGUCGUGGGCGGAUGAGCCGCUCGUCUCGCCGAUGACCGCGCUGGACGAGACCUUCGCGGGGAUCAAGGCGGCGGCGGGCGAGAAGAAGCACUCCUCUGAGAAGCGCGCGACGCGGAACGGGACGGAGAGCCCGCCGCACACGCCGUCGGAGUCGCAAGAGCCCGAGUGCGCGCGCGGGUCGCCGUCCGUCCCGAGCGAGAACGGCGGGGACGGCGCGCGCACGCCUCCGGGGUCGCCGGCGCCGGGGUCGGUCGACGCCGCGACGGCGUCGGACGACACGGACGUCGAGAGCGACGACGAGCGCGUGGGGUCGGGAAACGGUAAGAGCAGUGAUCUCGCCGCGAACGGGAAGAUGAUCAGCGAAUGGAAGCGGGUGACGCGCGGGGCGAAAGCCGCCGCGCGCCCCGCCAAGACGCUGAGAAACGGAACGCGCGCGGGCAUCUCCCCAGUUACCGGGGGGGCGAGUGAGCUCCAAAAAGUUAACACCACCACCACCAAGAACAAGAACAAGAACAAGAAACACACGAGCGGCGCCGGCGCCGGCGCGGCGAAGCGCGACCCCAACGUCCCGACCGACGCGGACGUCGCGCUCGCGUACGCGUACUACCGCGAGCUUCGCGCGAAGAACGGCGGCGUCGCGCUCAUCGCGAGGUUCGCGCGCCCAGCGCCGGCGUCGCUGCGCGUCGCGACGCUCGGCGGCGGCAAAGGCGCGGACGCGGACGACGGCGGCGCCGUCGCCGCCGCGAAGAAGGCUGCCGAGGGGAAGUACCAGUUCGUGCUCGGCGUCGAGGCUGUCCGCGCGCAGCAGCGCGAGCGCGCGGCGCGCGGCGAGGCCAUCAAGGAGGCGUCGCGUCGCCGCCGCCGCCGCGCGUGCUUCAACCCGGCGGCGUCGAAGCGAAGACGGAAGCAGCAGACGGCGAUGGAGAUCGCGCUCGAGCUUCCGAUGGAGAUUUCGCACGAGCCGCUGUAUUUCUACCCGCCGACGCCGUCGCCGACGGAGGAGAUCGCGUCCGAGGACUUUCACGAGGCGACGCCGCCGCCGCACGACGACGACGCGCACACGGCGUCGGACUGGGAGAGCGAGGAGGACGUUGACGUUCCGGCGGCGGACGCGCGCGACCAGCCAUCGGUGAUGCGCAAGGUGGCGUCCGCCGCGAGCGUCGUCUUCUCCAGGGUUUUUCUGGGGUCGGGGACGCCGGUGACGCCGAAGAAGCGACGGACGCCGCGGUUCGGGAGCAGGCACGCCGCCGCGGUGAAGGCGGAGGCUUGA